AACAUGUCAAAGAAGACAUCUACCAAUGACAACACAAUAUUGGUAAAACCUGCUUAGAUUACGAUUAGAAGAAUUCCAAUAUAACUCUUAGUUCCUUCAGAUAUGUCUUAUUUUUCAAUAAUACCGGCAAAGAAACAUUCUACUGGAAUAAUUUUUGACAACGUCACAAUUCAAUUCAUCUAAGCUGCUUACUGAUAAGCAGAAACCUAUUAUCAUUCGUUUCUUGGACUUUCACAAGAAGUAGACAACCCAAAAUAUUACGAAUUUAUAGGACAUAAUAUUACCGAUCAUAAUGUCAUCUACGCACAUUUUCAACGUUGAAAUGACAUGCGAGGGUUGCUCAGGAGCUGUAGAAAGAGUACUGAACAGGCUAAAGGGUCAGGGAGUAGAUAAUGUAUCUAUAAGUUUGCCAGAACAAAAGGUAUCAGUCACAUCUUCACUUAGUGCUGACCAGUUAUUGGAUGUAAUAAAGAAAACUGGAAAGAAAACGACAUAUGUUGGCACACAAUAGUUUUGAUAUCUUUGA